AUGUCGACCCAGAACUUUGACGCAAACAAGGCGCAGAACCUGCCGGAGAUUGAGAAGCAGAUGGCGGUUCGCUGCGUCGAGCACGCGCAGACCUACUGGAACCUCCUCGAAAAGAUCAAGCCCUCGACGCUCCGGCUCACAAAGCUCGACGAUGAGAUCUACGAGGACUUCCAGACCGAGUUCCCAGAGCUCGCAGAGUCGGCCGACCCCAAGUCGGUGUCCAAGAUCGACGAGGACGCGAUGAAGAGCCCCGCCGGCAAGGAGAAGUGGAGGAAGUUCAUCGGCAAGUACGAGAACAAGGUCGCCGACUUCAACUUUGGAACCCUGAUCCGAACCGACGCCUCGGACGAGUACACGCAGUUCAACACCACCUUUGUCACGCGCAUGCAGUUUUACGUCUACGAGAUUGCGCGAUGCCGACGAGGACUCAACGACUGGAUCUAUGAAAAGGCGCAGAAAGAGGCCGCCAAGGAGGCUGCGCAGAAGAAGUGA